UAAGACAGUUUUUGUUUGUUUUUAAUUUGAUUUGCGGUCGAUGUAAAUAAAACAUUCGCGGUAUUAUUUUACACAACCCGGCUUUUGAUUUACGGACACAUGUUAAUGUUAGGAUCGGUAUGAAAUUGUCAGAUGAUGGAGUAAACCUUCCUAGUUAACAAAAAAAAGAACCCGUGUGUAUAAACGUGUAAUAUUCAAUCAUGGUGAUAACGAAUAGGAAUUCAUUAUAAAAACAUUUUAAAAAACGAUUGUGAAACAAAAUGCUUAGCGGAUCUUUCGAGCUUGUAAAACCUGCCGAGAAUUAUUAAGAAAAUAAUGCUCUAGUCUUGAACACUGAACGCUUUUCUCAUUGACUGAAGGAACAUUGGAGCAUUUGAACUGACAGUCUGUGAUGAGUUGUUCAUCAAGGACAUUCUAUCUCGGACAGCAUCCUAUAACAAAGAAAAAUGGAUUGCCUGUGGAUGAAAAACCAACAACUAGGCAGUCAAGCCGCCUCCAUCAUGCUCAGCCCUCUGAGCGUGGAAUACAGAAGACGGGAAGUUUGCAAAAUGAGAAGAAACAGUUGAUGCAUGUUGAUUCAGCUGCAGUAAAGGAUGCAGGGAAUAUAAGAGAAAAUAAAUUGACUAAAGGAGCAUACAGUAUACCUGUGAAAGGACAGAAUUUGCCAGAAAAAAAAAGAGCUCACCUUUACGAAAUCAGUGAAAAUGGUCACCAUGGACACCAAGGGCAAAGUGCAGAACCUACCAGGCCUUCAGAUUCAGGACCUUCAUCACCCUUACUGGAAAAUGGAAGAACUAAAAAAUCAAAAGACUGGAAGGACCUGGCUCAAAAAUUGCUGUUCAGCGAAAGCAAGAGCAGUAGCAUGAGAAGGCAGAAGCCUGAUCAUGAACAUGAGACAGAAAAUUCUUCACCUGCCAAAAGAUCCUCUGAAAACAGGCCAAGGUUACAAUUCAAAGGAGAGACGUCAGCACCCAACUCUAAUGGAUCUAUGAACAAUUCUAAGGAAUACAUUCUGUUUAGUCCAACACGCAUGGCUGCCGCCAAAAAAAGAUUUGGUUUCCAGCAGCAGAAGUCAAGGAAUGGGAAUCUGUCUGUCUCAGUUCUCACUCCUCCACCCGGCCUGGAUCUCAGCUCCCUGUGCAGCUCCCCAACAGACACAGGGCACAGCAUCCACAUGGUGAUUCCUGGUGAUCAGUCAGACAAGCUGCUGCUCUCCAGCUGGGGUCUGCCCAAACCUGUGCUGGAGAAGUACCAGAGUCUGGGUGUGAAGCAGAUGUUUGAGUGGCAGGCUGAAUGUCUCACUCUCGGCAAAGUGUUGGAGGGAAACAAUCUGGUGUACUCGGCCCCAACGAGUGCUGGGAAAACACUAGUUUCUGAGUUUUUAAUCCUUAAAAGAGUCCUGGAGACUAGACGAAAGGCCAUAUUCAUCCUCCCUUUUGUUUCUGUGGCCAGAGAGAAGAUGUUUUAUCUACAGAAUGUGUUUCAGGAGGCAGGGGUGCGAGUUGAAGGCUAUAUGGGCAGCACUUCAGCCUCUGGUGGCUUUUCUGCACUUGAUGUAGCUGUAUGUACAAUUGAAAAAGCUAAUGGGCUCAUUAACAGGCUCAUUGAAGAGGACAGAAUGGAUUUACUUGGGAUUGUUGUUGUAGAUGAGCUGCACAUGCUGGGUGACUCUGGUCGUGGAUAUUUGUUGGAACUCCUGCUGACUAAAAUCCAGUACAUUGCAAAGAAAGCAGAAGAGAAGUGCUCGAAUAAAUAUUCCUCUGAUGGUGUGCAGAUUGUGGGAAUGAGUGCCACUUUACCCAACUUGGAUCUUCUCGCCCGCUGGCUAAACGCUGAACUGUACCACACAGAUUACCGUCCUGUGCCACUGAUGGAGUGGGUCAAGAUCGGCGUUAACAUAUACAAUGGCUCCAUGAAUCUUGUCCGACCUUUCACUCCUGCACUUACUGUAAAGGGUGAUGAUGACCACAUUGUGAGCCUCUGCUUUGAGACAGUGCAGGCUGGUCAUGCUGCGCUGCUCUUCUGUCCCUCUAAGAACUGGUGUGAAAAGCUGGCAGACAGCAUUGCGAGGGAGUUCUACAACCUUUACCACUACGAGAAACAGUCAGAAUCCGCAGCACACUCUGUGUCUCUUAACUAUGAGGGUCUCCAGGAUGUUGUGGCACAGUUAAAACGCACGCCUGCGGGUCUUGAUGAGAUCCUGAAGCGCACAGUUCCCUGGGGCGUAGCCUUUCAUCACGCAGGUUUAACAUUUGAUGAGCGGGACAUCCUGGAGGGUGCGUUUCGUCAGGGCUUCCUCAGGGUCCUUGUUGCCACCUCCACUUUGUCCUCUGGUGUAAAUCUGCCCGCACGACGUGUCAUUAUCAGAACCCCAGUGUUUAAUGGACAUCUGCUGGACAUACUGACCUACAAACAGAUGGUAGGACGAGCAGGACGUAAAGGAGUAGACACUGUCGGUGAGAGCGUCUUGGUGUGUAAGGAGUCUGAACGCAUGAAGGGUAUAAGUUUAAUUCAGGGCUCCCUAAAGCCCAUCAGCAGCUGCCUGGUAAAGCAUGAAGGAGAGGGAGUCACUACCAGCAUGCUCCGAGCCAUCCUGGAGAUCAUUGUAGGUGAAGUUGCCAGCACACCAGAGGAGGUGAGGAUGUAUGCGUCGUGCACUCUGCUGGCAGCCAGCCUGGCAUCUGAGCAACCUGAUCAGCCAGGUGCAGCUCGGAGCCGUGGGGCCAUUGAAGCAUGCAUGGAUUGGCUGAUGGACAACGAGUUCAUUCACAUUCAAAAGGAAGGAGAUGAGGAGAAAUACUGCCCUACUCAUCUGGGUUCUGCUACACUGUCAUCAUCUCUGUCGCCACCAGAAGCUUUGGGCAUUUUUGCUGACCUACAAAGAGCAAUGAAAGGCUUUGUUCUCGAAAAUGAUCUCCACAUCCUUUAUCAGAUAACACCAGUAUACGUCGACUGGACGACAAUAGACUGGUACCAGUUCUUCUGUCUGUGGGAGCAGCUGCCUUCUGCAAUGAAACGGGUUGCAGAGAUGGUGGGGAUUCAGGAAGGCUUUCUGGCACGGUCUGUCAGCGGGAAAUUAAUCGCUAAAACAGAAAAGCAGCACCGACAGAUGGCCAUUCACAAACGUUUUUUCACUACGCUUGUAUUGUUCGAUCUGGUCAACGAGGAACCUCUCGGGGUCGUAGCAAAAAAGUACGGCUGUAGCCGAGGACAAGUUCAGUCACUUCAGCAGUCGGCCUCUACCUACGCAGGUAUGGUAACCGUCUUCUGUAAUCGACUCGGAUGGCACAACCUGGAGCUCUUGCUGUCGCAGUUUAAAAGUCGCUUGAGCUUCGGAGUGCAGCGAGAGCUGUGCGAUCUGGUUCGUAUCUCUUUGCUGAACGCCCAGCGAGCACGAGCGCUCUACAGUGCCGGGUUGGUUACAGUGGCUGAGGUUGCACGUGCAAACAUUGUCGAUGUGGAGAAAGCCUUGAGAAAAGCCGUUCCGUUUAAAAGUUCUAGACAGGCGGUGGAUGAGAGCGAGGAGGAGGCUCAGGAACGCAGAAGCAUGCGCUGUAUCUGGGUCAGUGGGAAAAAGGCCUUGACUGAGAGUGAGGCUGCUCAGCAGAUCGUGUCAGAGGCCAGACUGCUUCUCCAGCAAGACCUGGCUCUUCUUGGUGUGGAGUGGAAGCCAGAAUCCCCCUCGCCAGAUGCUACAGUGAAAUCUGACGAAUCGACAGAUUCGGGUUUACAGCCUCUGUCGAAGAGUUUAUCCAACGAGACGGAUAUUAGGACUGAAAACUUGAAAAAGCUGGUAAAAGGAGAUCCAUCUGAUGAUAACGCUCAAAGUUCGACAAACCAAAAAAGUUCAGGAAAUCGUGAAAACACUAUGGACGCCGAGCAGCAAUCUAACGCAUUACACAAAGUGCUCAAAUCUAUACGUGCUAAAGACAAAAUGGGUCCGAUUGGCUGCAAUACUGCUGAAAAAACCUCAGUGGCAAACUCUAGCCAGAGUUCUGAUUUACAAUUUAACUCCACCUCAUGCAACGACACUCAUUCUGCAAAACCACUAUCUAAACGUAGACGGGUGGAAGAACAUGAAACCAAGAUUAAUACUGAGGCAAGGCUGACUAAAGUGGAAAAACGUUUAAUUUUAACACAACCCAGUACUUCUGCUGACAUUUUGGUGAACUCUGACACAAAGUCUAGAGUUGCAUCUGAAGUAAUACUAAUUUCAGGGGAAAAGUGUAAUUCUCCAGACUUGUACACAGAGGAGUUAGAGGAAUUUGGUGAUAGUUUUCAGCUUGACACUCAGACUGAAAGAAUGUUACUGCAAGAGGAGAAAUUGCCUCAAAGUAAUGGCAAGUCAAAGGUUAAGAAUGAAUUAAGAUCUACACGCAUUAAUGCUAUGACUGAACACAUCUCUCGUUCUGAAAAUGAAAAUCUAAUUCCAGAGAGGAACCUUGAACAGAAAAAUAAGAAUGAUUCAAAUAAAGAAGCAUCAGUAGUUUCUGAUAAGAUUCCUAAUGAAUUGUCUUCAAUUAAAGCCAAACCAAAGUACAACAUUUCACUGACUGAUAGUCAACUGGAAAACCUUCUGAAUUUUACGAACCAAACAACCGAAUCGUGUGACAUAAAGCAAAAUACACAACCCCAAGCCCAAACAGACAAUUCAGACACUGUGAUGAAUGAGAUGCCUGGAGAUACUGUGGACAACAGUCCCAACAGGAGCAGCAGUUUUCUCUUUGACAGCCUGUAUGACAGCUCCAUUUUGGAGGCCAUGGAAGACGAGGCAGGAUUUGCUGAAGAACCCAAAAGUGACAAUAUUGUAGAUGCAAAUACAAGUUUAACUGAUCCAACCUUGGCAUUAAGAAUGGAGAACAAAGCAGAAAUGGAAGAUCAAGAAGCAGCACAGUGGGGCGAGUCUUCUUUUAACCUGUCAGAAUGGGGCGAUUCUUUGCUUAUAGGAGAGCGAUAUCUGGAGAAGCGGAACAGUGGUUUUAAGAUCUGUCCUGGCUCGAGUGAAGCAGAAAAGCCCUGUUACACAGAUGACAUUGUGUCCGAGAUACAAGUGUCUCAAUGCAAAGCACCUCGUUUAGAAAAUGUCACAAGUUCUUCAUUCCAUCUGAGCCCAGGAAUGCAGGACAUUUUCGAUAAGUGGUCUGAUCAGUUUUCAACCUUACAUGAACCCCCAGAUCAAUCAGAUGCAAAUGUGAUAGAACAGGAGGGGGUGUCUGCUGGAGCUGAGCCUGAGCAUGGAAAUCAUAAAGGCUCGUUAUCAGGUUCACAUGUGACCAAAGUGAAACCAAGUUCAGUAAACCUUGAUCUCAUUCCUCCCACACCAGAGCCUGUCACACCCCGAAUCAAAAUGACAACUUCUUCCCUGCACUCGCCUCUAAAUCACCACACUCGCGUACAGUCUAAAUUCAAUUCAUCUCCAAAUCCUGGCCUUGAGGACAAUCAGCAACUUUGUGUGGCACCGAAGGCCAUGCCACAGUUAGAGACAUCCCUGAAUGAUGAAGGCUUUUCACUGCAGCUUUCUCAGGAUGCCUCCAUGUCUGCCUCCAACUUUAACAGUCCAGAAUCUUUCUCAGUUAUUGAUGUAGUGAGUGAUAAAAGACUUUUUAAAACAUUUGUAAAAGAGUGGAAAACAAAAAAGAGGUUUUCUCUGGCCGUUGCGUGCGGGAGGAAAGACGGCACAGCUCAACCAGAACCGCUUAUAGGAAGCAAAUUUAAAAAAGUAACUACCCCGAUGAGGACCAAAAGAAAGGAUGGCUUUGCUAUUGAAGGACAUGAGAGUCUAAUUGUAACUGGCUUGUCUGUAUGCUGGGGAGGAAAAGAUGCAUAUUAUGUGUCACUACAACAGGAACUAGCAGACACAGCAGAUAUAAGUGCAAGCUUAGCGCCACCUCCACUUGAUGAAAAUCUUUCGGUGGAAGAAAGGAUUAAGAGCAUUCAGGAUUGUAUUACAAGGUCUACAUCUGGUUCUGAGGGGGUGACCGUUACUUAUGACUGUAUUCAGGUGUAUAAGACAUUAGUCCUGGCAUGUGGACUUUCAAUGAAAGGCGUAUUUGAGGACCCUAAGGUUGCUUGUUGGCUUCUGGAUCCGGGUUUCAAGGAGCGCACUCUUCACAACAUGGUGACAAACUUUACUCCAGAAGAUCUGCCCUUGUUGAAUGGAAUCGGACCGGGACAAGGGGUGGAAAGUCUGGGAAUUUAUGGAGACGCAAGUCUUUCGGGUCGAUACAGAGCAGCCAUCGAGUCUGUUCUUAUCUUUAGGGUUAUGACACAACUUAAUGUGCUCAUGGAAAAAGAUGGUUUCUUAGAUGUAUUUCAGAGAGUAGAGAUGCCCACUCAGUAUUGCUUAGCCCUUUUGGAGCUGAAUGGUAUUGGGUUUAGCGUUGCUGAAUGCGAAGCUCAGAAACAUGUGAUGCAGGCUAAACUUACUGACCUGGAAAACAAGGCCUAUCAAUUGGCUGGUCACAGCUUCUCCUUGACCAAUCCAGAGGAUGUUGCUGAGGUCUUGUUCCUUGAACUGAAGCUACCUCCGAAUGGUGAUUUAAAUUCUCUAAAGAAUAAAAAGACUCUGGGCUACACCAGGCGGGCCGGGGCAGGAGCUUGUGUAAAACUUUCGAAACAGUUUAGCACGACAAAGGAUGUGCUGGAAAAGCUCAAGCCCUUGCAUCAGUUACCUGGAGUCAUUCUAGAGUGGAGAAGGAUAACAAAUGCCUUGACCAAGGUGGUAUUUCCUCUGCAAAGAGAAAAGUGUUGGCACCCGAAAUUAGAGAUGGACAGAAUUUACUCAGUAUCUCAGUCCCACACAGCUACAGGGAGGGUGAGUUUCACCGAACCCAAUAUCCAAAAUGUCCCAAAAGACUUUGAAAUCCAAAUGCCAGUUCUUAUUGGAGAAAGCCAACCAUCACAAAGUAACAUGGCUGUCAUCUCAAGCAAGACAAGGGCUAAAAUAUCUCGGAAACACCAUCAGUUGGUAUCCCUGAUCAAAGACCCAGGACGAUCCCCAGAGAAGGGGAUGCCUUUUUCUGUUAGCAUGAGACAUGCUUUUGUUCCCUUCUCGGGGGGAUUUAUUUUGGCUGCAGACUACUCCCAGUUAGAACUCCGCAUCUUGGCUCACUUAUCCCGUGACAGACGGCUUCUUCAGGUCCUUAACAGUGGCGAAGAUGUUUUCAAAAGCAUUGCUGCUGAAUGGAAAAUGGUGGAUCCCGAGUCAGUUGACGACUGCAUGAGACAACAAGCUAAACAAAUUUGUUAUGGUAUAAUCUAUGGCAUGGGAGCAAAGUCAUUAGGAGAGCAAAUGGGUAUUGAUGAAAAUGAUGCUGCUUGUUACAUCGAAACAUUCAAGUCCAGAUACACAGGCAUACAGGCGUUUCUUCGUGAGACUGUGAAGAACUGCAGCAAAAAUGGCUUUGUGAAGACGUUACUUGGCAGGAAGCGGUUUCUGCCUGGAAUCAAGGAGUCAAAUAUGUACAUUAGGUCUCACGCAGAGCGACAGGCUGUGAAUACAACAGUCCAAGGUUCUGCAGCAGAUAUCGUCAAACUGGCGACUAUCAACAUCCAGCGCAGGCUGGAGACGGAUUUUCCUGAAGUACCGCUGUCUCACAAGCAUUAUACCAGUGGGACAGGACGGGGCAGGUCUCGGUUCAGAACCUCUCGAGGUGCCUUCUUUAUACUUCAGCUGCAUGAUGAACUGAUCUAUGAGGUUGCAGAGGAUGAUGUCAUCCAGGUUGCACAAAUUGUGAAACGGGAAAUGGAAGCUGCUGUGAAACUGUAUGUGAAGCUCAGAGCAAAGGUUAAAGUGGGCCCAAGUUGGGGAAAUCUUCAAGAGUUGGAUAUUUAAACUUUAUAUAUCAUUUUUUUUAACCACAUGUGCUGCUUAACAAAAUUACUACAUUUUGUAUUUAUUAAAUAUGACCGAAUCUAUAAUCAAGUCAAAUGCACUUUUUCUUGCUUUGUAUUUAACAUCUAUUUGAAUCCUCCUGAAUGAAUAUGUACAUUAAAGAAGACUUAAUCAUGGAUUGUAUUGUGAAAAAAUAAAAUAAAAUCAUUUUUAACAAACAAGACAAUUUUUUUUAAAACCACUUUAUCAAUCUGUUUACAUUUUCCUCAAGCAUUUCUCCAUGUGUAAUUGAAUUUAGUCAGUUAUGUUUAACAGUAUGCUUCUAAACAAUUUAGCACAA